GCAUGCGUAAUAAUUGCAAGUAUUUUCGUUUCCGUAGAAAAUUAUUUGGGGCAUGCUCAGGCCAGCAGUCUUGCUACGGCUGACUAAAUAAUAUAGAUAUAAGUACGAGUCCACCUUGGUACGAGUAUUUCUACUUCGUAUUUGCAACUAUGCCCUUGUGUUUUAACUAAAGCGAAAACUGUUCGACUGGAAGUGCAGUAAGGGUAUUCACUGUCAAAUGAAGUGUGCUCGCGAUUCACUGUUUAUCUCUGUUGCUAUUUUUAUCGAUCAUGGUUUGCGUCCAAAACUCCAAAGCAAAUGUGCAGGUCCCGUAACUGUACAGGGUGGCCGAUGCCUGCACUUGCAGUACUAUAUGGUCUACGUCAGCGGUGAAUUUUAUUUAUACAACCCCAGAGGCUUUCGUGCUUCUCUGCAGAAUCACACAUCCUGUAAUCUUCAACUUUAAUAAAGCGCUUUAUCCAACACAGAAUGACCGUUUGAAGUUCGUUUUAAAGUAAUCACUUAAAUUUUGAACUAAUCAUUUAAAAAUUAUACAUAGUUCUCUCAUUGUUUGGUGGUGCUGUUAUCACGCGACUUUUAUUUUUUGCGAUGUGUCGCACAGGCCGAAAGGUAUCUGUGGCCAAACUUUGCAAGACUAUUCCAUGGCUGAACAAGAAACGCAGAAAAAUGCUCUCAACUUCUGUGAAAUCCGUGAUUGACGACGACUAUUUCUAUAUCCAUCCGGAUCUUGAGAAACUUCUUUAUAGUAAAAUUCAGCUCAUAUACCAGCAAGUGUGGGUGAAUUUCGUUCUUUCCACUUUGCGAUUCAUUUUGGAAUGUGUUCCAUUCGCAUGGACAGCGUACAAAAGUGUCAACCCAACUUACGGAACCGUGACCUCUUUCACCAAUAUAGUGAAACAUGAUUUUAUUUGUAACUCUACGCACACUACUGACUCUAACUGGAAGCUCUGGUUGCUGUGGGCAAACGUCUGGAUUUUGUGGGCAUACACCUGGAUUUCACUCACUAUACUUUGGCUGAUUUCUGUGCAGCAGUUGUGCAGAUUAGCAAAGAUUCGGCAGUGGCGUCCGGGCACGGGGAAACAUCAGUUUCGCGAGGUUAUCAUGUCGCUGACUGCAGUCAGACGUAGGCUGGAGACCAUAACAGUAAUGAUCAACUGCGUCGGGCUGCUAAUGCCUUUUAUGUUGUAUUGCGACGGAAGUCCGACCACGGCAUGCCUGGACAUCGAGCGGAUCAUUGUUUUCCUUAUUACGCCAUGGACCGCCUUAACAGUUGCGAUCAUCUUCAAUAGACAUUCAUGUCAGUCAAAAAUAUCCCAUUUGACAGAUCGCCGACAGCGACUUCAGUUCCACACCUCCACUGUGGUUCAAAUGGCGCGAGCGUUAAACGUGUUUGUGAAGUGGCCCAUUGUUCACAAGUGGACCUAUCGCUGCGGGGCGCCAGACUGUUGCAUUACUUUCGCAUGUGGUCAGCUGUUCUACAUAUGCAAAUGUCCAAAAAGUCCUUGUUUUACUGUAAGGAAUACCGAAGGUAUUCCCAAAGUUACUAUGAUAAGCUAGCCUGUUCACGGUCACAGAACUACCACUGUUCCACUUUUGUUGGAAUACUUUGGUUACCACCAGGGAAGAAAAUCGUAAAAUAGACAAUCAUUCAAAGCUGUUGCGUAGAAGUUGCGAAAAUAUUUUCGUAAAUGUUGGGAGUCAUUUUGGACGCGUCAUGAUCUCGUGUAAGCUGAAGAGCUGUCAUAUUUAACUGAAGCGAUGUAUCUCGUGAAACCAAGACCAAGGUCAUGUUUGUGAAACUUGUUCGUUGUCACAGAAACAAGUUUCGAUAGAUUUUUCAAAUUCCCGUACGUCGCCGGCCAGAAUCGCCUGUGCUAUCAGUCGUGGUGAGUCACCGGGUUCGGUCUUGAUCACCACCACUGUUGUGGAGGUAACUGUGGUAGAGACGGUGCGUUCUGCAUGCGUAUCACUGUCCGCCACAGCGGUCAGUGUGUGACUUUCUUUCCGCUGGAGCCCGCACAACAGAUACAGCGCUUACAUUUGCACCAGUGCAAUGUGCGACCAUAUCGCUCGCUUGGCAAUACAUCCGUUACCGACCCACAGCUGCUUCCCGUAGGUGAUACUGUAGAAAUUUUUCAGUCUUUCGUUCCGGCUUGUUUUUUCCGAUGUGCUGUAAUGUAACUGCAUCUAUCCCCAAGUACCCUGACACCUUUGCUGGAAGCGCCGGAAUGGGCAUUGAAUCUAAUCCGAAGCUAGUUGGUUUUGAAACUUUUGAUCAGAGACGGUGGUAAGCGCCCGGAAGGAGCGAAUCGGUGACAGCCUUUAACGCAGUACACAACUUUCCAGCACUGCAGUUAAAUCCGCGGAACAGCUACGAACGGCAGCCGAGGAGACUUCAUAGAACAGGCACGUUUGCAAGGUGUGAGCACAAAAACAACGAGCAUGGUUGGGAGCGUUUCCGGUUGCUUCACUUGGCAGCCUUACGGAUCCAGCGGUAAGAAUUGCCGUUGGUUUACGCCUAGGAGCACCGGUCAUCACCCGAGACCGCAGCGUUAGCGGUGAGUGGGCGGAUGCCCGAAGCUACCAUAUGGCUUGAAGCUGCAAGAAAAGCCGCGGACGGAUCCCUACACAUAAAUGCGUGAACGCUAUUGUGAAGCACAAUCUCGCAUCUGCCGGGUUCGAAAACGAGCUGGAACCAUAAGUUAUUUUUCCUACAGACAGUCAGCGACAAGACGGUGUUACCUUGACACCAUGGGAGAGAGGACGAAUGUUGGCAUUCGCGCUACUAGCGUCAUCACAAUGGUCAUAUCGGACAUCAUUGCGACAUCCGCACGAGAGCCUGCAGCCGCAACACAGGCCGAGCAGGGCAAGAUCGAGAAAUAUCGUAAUAUCGGCCAAGACUGCCUAUUUCGUCAUCUGUGUUUUGAAACGCUCGGACCGGAAGUUGCUCGCACAAUAACCGACUUUGGACAGAAGAUGCGACAAGAAAUCGGCAAAAAACGAGCCACGGAAUUUUUUUCGACAGCGGAUCAGCAUCGAAAUCCAACGAGGAAAUGCGGCAUCGAACAUGGGGACAGCGCCAACUGGAGCAAAUUUACAAUUGUUAGAUCACAUUUUCUCUGUGAUUAGGCCGCCCCUUUCGACUGAUGCCUAAUAUAACGUGAUUGUUUUCGAAGUUAAAGUACGAGUACUGUAAAUUUUCUGGUCAACAAAGUAUAAACGAACAAGCUGAAAAAAAGUGUGUUUACCAGCAAGCGGGUACAACUGUUUGCUUUAAAC